CAAAAAAAUUCUCCAAACGUCAGCGGUACUAGUAAAACACAUUCAUUAGACAAUUGAAAAGGGAAAACGAAGUUUUAACCAAUACCAACCAAAGAAUUCCACAUGGAAAAUGAAGGGCGCCACCAAACACAAAGAAAAAUCAUGAUAUAUGGGGUUGCAAAUCUUGUGAGAGAGCAGUGUGAAAUUACAAGAGAGAGAUAACGGGGAUGGAAGGAGACAAAGGAACUGUGUGUGUGACAGGAGGCACAGGGUUUAUAGGUUCAUGGCUGAUCAAGAGGCUUCUAGAAGAGGGUUACUCUGUCAAUACCACUGUCAGACCGGAUCCAGAAAACAAAAGAGACAUUAGUUUCCUCACCAAUCUGCCAGGGGCAGCCGAAAAGCUGAAAAUUUACAGUGCAGAUCUCAAUGACCCUGACAGCUUCGAUGCAGCCAUUGAAGGAUGCAAAGGAGUCCUCCUUGUUGCCACCCCUGUCGAUUUCGAGUACAAAGAACCUGAAGAAGCAGUAAUCAGAAGGGCAAUCAGUGGAACACUAGGCAUCUUGAAGGCAUGCUUAAAAUCAAAGACUCUGAAGAGAGUUGUCUAUACUUCUAGUGCAUCAGCCGUUCAGUUCAACAACGAGGAUGAGGAGAUGAGGGAUGAGAGUUAUUGGACAGACGUGGGAUUUGUUAGGGAAACGUCAAAUCCACACAUGCAUACUUACAUGAUUUCCAAGACUUUGACAGAAAGGGCUGCUCUUGAAUUUGCAGCAGAACAUGGAUUGGAUUUGGUGACAGUGAUUCCUACGUUUGUUGUUGGUCCUUUCAUCUGCCCCAAGUUCCCUGGCUCAGUGCGCUCAACAUUGGCUCUGGUCUUGGGGAACGAGCAUGAAUAUAGCCUUCUUCUAAAUAUAUCAAUGGUGCAUGUUGAUGAUGUUGCAAGGGCACAUAUUUUCCUGCUUGAGUAUCCUGAAGCAAAAGGGAGAUACAAUUGUUCUUACGACACUAUAAGCAUUCUAAAGAUGGCUGAAAUUCUUUCUUCCAAGUAUCCAGAGUUCCCAAUUCCAACAGCAGAUUUCUUGGCUGAAAUCAAAGGUACAAAAGUCCCUGGUUUGUCAUCAAAGAAACUAUUGGAUGCAGGUUUCAAAUUUAAAUAUGGGGUUGAGGAAAUGCUUGAUGAAGCUAUCGAGUGCUGCAAAGAAAGAAACUAUCUUUAGAAGGGCCGGAAAAUAUUGUGGAAUCAGUUCCUAUGAAUCUUUCAGGGUUCAGAUGAGGCUGACGAAGUUUGUGAUAAUGUACAUCAAAUUAUAAGCUUGAAGUUUGUGAUAAUGUCCAUCAAAUUAUAAGCUUGAAAACCAAAAAAUCCAUGUAUGUUCUGCUGUUCUUUUUUGUGUUUCCAAACUUGUUAUGGUGAAGUUUCAUUUAUAUUAAUCUGCCAAACGUUGUAGAACAAAUGCUUCUUAAGAUAAAUUUUAAUGGGGCUGCUGGAUGCUCAGAAUCCAUGCCAGUUUGUAUUGAGUAAAAAUAA